CGCCGCCUUCUCACGUUGCUGUCCAGGAGGUGGCGAUAGCGAUGGUGUCGACGCCUUCUCACGUUGCUGUCCAGGAGGUGGCGAUGGCGAUGGUGUCGCCGCCUUCUCACGUUGCUGUCCAGGAGGUGGUGAUGGCGAUGUUGUCGCCGCCUUCUCACGUUGCUGUCCAGGAGGUUGUGAUGGCGAUGGCACCGCGGCCUCCUCACGUUCCCGUCCAGGAGGAGGUGGAGUUGGUGAUGCUGCCUCCGCCUUCUCACGUUCCUGUCCAGGAGGUGGCGACUGUUCCCCAGCCGCCUCACGUUCCUGUCCAGGAGUACCAGCGGCGACCGGUCCGCGGCCGUCCCACGCCCUUGUCUCGACGGCGACAAGAGCUGGGGAGUUCUGAUGAGCCACCCCGGAGCUGGAGAGACUUUGGGAUGCCUGAGAUGGUAAUGGUGGCGGUCAUGGCUCUGGUCCUUCUUUCCAUCAUCCCAUUCGCUUCUGAUGGCUCCCAGCCGCUUCAUGACCUGGCCUCGUUGGUGACCAAUCCACGGCUGCCUCCUGACCAAGCCUCGGUGGCGACCAGUCCCUGGUCGUCUCGCAACCACGGCGUGGGAGGUUCUCGUCCGGAGCAGUUGCCUGCCUCGGCCUGGUUCCUGCUUCGUCGUUUGGUUCCUCACAGAGGUCGUCCUCCCGAAUCGCCCCGUGGGGACCCUGGUGCUUGGCGUCCGGGUCGUCCUCCUGACCUGUCCACCCGGACGCCUUGCAUUUGGUGGCCUGGAUGGCCACCAGACUGGGGUUCGGGGGGGGCGUGCCCUCUUCCGGAUCCCCCUUCCGCCCCCCCCUGCCUGUGUUAA